AUGGUAACAUCAAUCAAUCAAUCUCCUACCAUAGGACCCUCUGAGAAUAAAGAAAGUACAAUCGUUAUAUGGUUUGAUCCAUAUAUAAACUUAGAUCAAGAUAUAGAUAUUACAAGACAACAACUUCGUCUUGUCAAUGAUUUUGUUAUAUUUUAUACAGAUCUUGAACUUUGUAUUACAUUCAUUCAAUCUAUUAUUAAAGAAAAAAUCUUUCUUAUCACUUCAGGAUUACAAGCAUCACAAAUUUUAUCACGUAUUUCUCAUCUAUCACAAAUUCAUUCAAUUUUUAUCUUUUGCAUUAAAAAAGAUAAAUAUGAAUAUUUAAUGGAUGAUUAUUCAAAAAUUAUUGAUAUCUAUACUGAUCUUUAUACAUUAUGUCAAUCUAUACGAGAACAAAUUGAUCUUUUUUAUAAACAAAUAUUAACAUUUACACUUUUUAGUCAAGAUCAAAAAUUAACAAAACAAUCAGCUGAAUUUAUUUGUUUUCAUUUAUUUAAUUAUAUUAUCGGACAGUUACCAGAUGAUUUACAUGCAAAAGAACAUAUGGUUGAGAUUUGUCGACAAUAUUAUAAUGGAAAUUUAAGAGAAUUAGCAUUAAUUAAGGACUUUGAACGUAGUUAUAAACCAGAAGAUGCUAUUCAUUGGUAUAAAAAACAAUCAUUUAUUUAUAAAUUAGUUAACAAAGCUUUGAGAAAUAAAGAUAUUGAUCAAUUAUACAUGUUUCGUUUCUUUAUUAAUGAUCUUUCAGCAAAUCUUGCUUGUGAACAUGUAAAAAUGUUAUCAUCUUAUGAAAGAACAUUAACUGUUUAUCGUGGAAUACAACUAGAUAAAGAAGAAUUUGAUAAACUCCAGGAUAAUCAAGGUAAAUUAAUGUCAAUAAAUGGAUAUUUAUCAGCAAGUCGACUUCGUUCAUAUGCAUUUACAUUUGCAUUAAAAUCAAGUGAACGAACAGAUGUUAUUCCUGUUGUAUUUGAGAUUCUAUGUAACAUUGAAGAAGAACGUAAAAAUGUAAUAUUUGCUGAUGUUGCACAAUUUAGUGAAUAUCCUGAAGAAAAAGAAAUUCUAUUUGAUUUGAAUAUUACUUUUCGACUUGAAUCUAUGAGCAGAGAUGGUGAAGUAUAUGUAAUUAGGAUGCAAGCAUCAAAUGAAGGAGAACAAAUAACUAAAAAUUAUAUUGAAUUAGUACAACGUGAAACAAAAGAAGAAAGUGUUCAUAUUAUAUUUGGAAGAUUAAUGUGUAAAUUAGGUGAAUAUGAUAAAAGUGAAAAAUACUUUAGAGAAUUAUUAGAAAAUCCGAAUGAUGAAGAUAUUGCUUGGAUUGAAUUUAAUAUUGGUCGAGCUCUUGAUUUCAAAGGUGAAUCGGAAGCAGCACGAGAAUAUUAUCUGCGUGCAAAUGAUCGAAUGGUAAAUACUGAACCACCGCGUAUUAAAGAUUCAGCUUAUAUACUCACUAAUAUUGGUAGCAUUCUUCAUGAUCAAGAAGAGUAUGAUGACGCACUCGAUUAUUAUAAAGAAACAUUGAAAAAAUUGGAGAAAUGCUAUCCAUCCGGUCAUAUGAAUAUUGUUCAUAAUCUUAAUAACAUUGCAAGUAUACUGAAAAAACAACACAAGUAUGAUGAAGCUCUUGAAUACUAUCAACAAUCGCUCGAAAUGCAAGAAAUAUAUUAUCCAUCUGAUCAUGUGGGCAUUGCUACAACACUUAACAACAUUGGUGAUAUACUACGAAAGCGUGAAAAAUAUGAGGAAGCUCUUGACUAUUACCAACGAGCACUGCAAAUACAAGAGAAAUAUUAUCCAUCUAAUCACAUCAAUAUUGCUCAAACCCUUAAUAACAUUGGUUGUAGUCUUGGCAAUCAAAAAAAGUAUGAUAAAGCUCUUGAUUAUCAUCAACGUGCAUUAAAUAUUCGAGAAACAUGUUAUCCAUCUGGCCAUGUUGAUAUUGGAAAGAGUCUUAAUAAUAUUGGUUGGAUAUAUGAUGAACAAAGACAGUAUGAAGAAGCUUUCAAUUAUUAUCAGAGAGCACUCAAAAUUCAAGAAAAAUAUAAUCCAUCUGAUCAUAUUCAAAUUUCUCAAAUUCUAAAUAAUACUGGUACUAUUCUUCGUCAUCAAAAAAAAUAUAAUAAAGCUCUUGAAUAUCAUCACCGAGCAUUAAAAAUGCGAGAGAAAUAUAAUUCAUCUGGUUAUGUUGAUAUUGCUCGAAGUUUAAAUAAUAUUGGUUUUACUCUUGAUAAACAAGGAAAUUAUGAUGAAGCUCGAGAUUAUUAUCAACAAGCACUUACAAUGCAAGAGAAACAUUACCCAUCUGGUCAUGUUGAUAUUGCUUGGACUCUUAAUAGAAUUGGUGGUACUCUUCGUCAACAAAAGAAAUAUACUGAAGCUCUUCAUUUCUAUUUACAGGCAUUGAAUAUACAAGAAAAAUAUUAUUCAAAUGGUCAUGUUGAUAUUGCGUGGACUUUGAAUGGUAUUGGUAGUAUAUUAAGAAAACAAGGUAAAUAUGAUGAAUCGCUAAACUAUUACCAAAGAGCACUAAAAAUAGAAGAGAAAUUUUACUCAUGUAAUCAUACUGAUAUUGCUCGAACUUUAAACAAUAUCGGUCGUAUAUUUAGUCAACAACGGAAAUAUGACAAAGCUACUGAUUACUAUCAACGAGCAUUUAAGAUGCAAGAGAAAUUUUAUCCAUCGGGACAUAUUGAUAUGGCUUGGACUCUCAAUAGUAUAGGAGAUAUAUUACGAAAAGAAGAACAAUACGAUAAAGCGCUCGAUUAUCAUCAAAGAGCACUUAUAAUGCAACAGAAAUGUUAUCCAUCAGGACAUUUCUGUUUCGCUCGAAGUUUGAACGGUAUUGGUUGUGCCCUUGGAAACAAAAAGAAGUACGACGAAGCUCGUGACUAUCAUAAAGGAGCAUUGAAAAUACAAGAGAAAUACUAUCCAUCGGGUCAUGUCGAUAUUGCUCAUACUCUAAACAAUAUUGCUUGGAUUUAUGAUGAUCAAGGAAAAUACAGUGAAGCUCUUAACUACUAUCAACAAGCAUUAAAAAUUCGAGAAAAAUAUCAUCCAUCUGGUCAUACAGAGAUUGCUAAAAGUCUAAAUAAUAUUGGUUUUAUUCUUGAUAAUCAAAAACGAUAUGAUGAAGCUCGUGGUUACUAUCAACGAGCACUUGAUAUGUACGAAAAAUAUUAUUCAUCUGAUCAUAUCGAAAUUGCUGAUAGUUUCAGUAAUAUCGCAGUUUGUUACGAGAAAGAAAACAAGCCACUGAUGGCACUUGAUUGUUAUAAGCAAGCAUUGACUAUAUAUGAUAAACUUCUACCUAUUGACCAUCCAAAACGUACUAUGACCGAUCGUAGCAUUCAUCGUGUUACUGCCAAAAUAUGA